AUGCCGAAAUUUUUCACAAAGAGAAAAGAACCUUUCAACCUAAGGAGCCGGAGUAAGAACCAAAGUUGUACUCCGAAGUCGAAAGUAGACGCCUGCGUCGAGUGGGAUUUGCCUUUCGUCGAAUCGAAAGUAGCCCCAGAAUUUAGGCGUGGGCCAGUUGCUAAAGAAGGAACUAGUUCGGAACUGUUGGAACCUUCUCGCAAAAACUCUGUAGGGUUUAACAAGACCAACUUGGAACCCGUGGAUAUUAGUGUAGAUUCCGACAGCGACGACAGUCUUAGUGCUUUGGACCCACGGCGCCUCAGAGCUCACGUCAGUAGAACCUGAGGAAGAACUGUAUUCAGAAAACGAGAGGGAAAAAGAAAAAGAAAAGGAAAAAGAGAACUGUACGGAUAACAUCAGGUAGUCAACAGGUACCCGCGAGUACGUCACCUGUUACUGGUAAUAUAUCACCUCCUGGUAGUACAUUACCCUCCACGACCGCACCGCUUGAUCCUACAUUUAUAGAACAACCAGAGGUGAUAAAUACUACACCAAUUGUUAUCAAUUAUACUGCUGGUGGACAACAGUUACCGACUAUCGAUUCACCUGCUGAUAUUUAUAAACUUUUCUCACGUAAAAGUUGUAAAUGCGGAUUAGGAGUUACUGCCGCUAGACAUAGUGAACCGUUCUCAGACUCUGAUCCUACCGACGAUUCAAGUUCAACCAGUAUGGAUGGAGAAUACAUUCGUGCACUAACUGAACUAACUCAAAAGCUCCUAAAUAAAGACGUAAACAUAAACAAAUUCCAUGGAUAUGAACAUGAGGACAUAAAUUGA